AUGGCAAAGCCCAGCAGCAGCAAGACAGUCUCCUUUGCAACUCAUGACUACAGUCAAGCCAACGCUGGAAAAUCAUCAUCAAGAGACAAGACAGGCCCUGGAUCGAGCGGUACGCAGUCCAUUAAGGGCUAUGUGUACAUAGAUCAUCCUCUUGUCCUGCCCAAUGAGAUAUUCGGCGAUCCUACCAACCUUCAGAACACAAUCGACGGCAAGAGAACAAGAAAAGCCUCGAACUUAAAUGACUCACCAUCGGAGAAAGCUACGCGUACCGUCGAAACAAAAGAUAAGGACAAGGCCAGAAUGCCACCUAAGAAACCUUCCACGAAGCUUGCAUUCCCCGCGAAGACACCUGCAUCAUCUCGCGCAGGAAAAGGUUACGCUCCUAAAGAUACUUCAGAAUACCUGACAUCUAAGAAACGUGGCGAUCGCAAAUCUCGUUCGCACAAUGAGGAGUACGAUACCGAUAGUUUCGAAGAAGAUAUUUCGCCUGGAGACAUACGCCGCGGCGUUCUAGCUCUCGUUCAACACUCUCUACAGAUUGCUGACGACGUUUCCGCAUAUAUGCGAUGUGUCGAAGACCACGAAACACAUGGGCAAAAGCUAGUCCGCGAUAUGGAAAGGUUGUUGGACCAUAGGGUGGAGAAGAGGAAGGCAGUUGCUCAAUAA